ACCCAUGCAUACAGACAAUCCUUUAAUACCUAGAGAAAAGGAUGACUCAUUUCCAAGAAAUUCUCUCUCGCAAAUCUUGCGACACGCAAGAAGAGCUUGUUGCGUACUUGGAACGGAUUAGGGAUGUCAUAAAAGAUAACCUAGCAGACAAAGAACUCAUAGAUGACCCCGCCGAGGUUGCUCUCGACAGGCUUGUUGUCUCACUUGACUGGACGCUGAUCGCGGCCAUGAUUUUCAUGGUAAUGGGCAUAUCGUGCUUGCGGUCACCCGCUUUCGCAGCGAUUGGGAACGCAAGAACACACGAGCUUUAUCUGAAACUGACUGAAAUCACGAAAGAUCCCGCAAUGAACGAUGUGUACCGAGCGUUAUUGGCACAGACGUCUGAUUCGCAUCGUUACACGUUCUACCGGAGGAUCGUACAGACCAGCAUCCUAUCAAGCAUCUUCUUCGCAUUCCUUGCAUUACUGGGUAAACUCUCCAUGGGUCGCAACGGGCUCUAUCUGAACAUGCCAUCUCGCCGCAAGUCUCGGAGCCAAUCUUUCUUUAGACCCUCCCCAUUCAUACCGAGGUGGCUCAUGCUGGUUCUCAAACCAUUACCAAACACCUUCAUAAUAAGCCAACUUCUGCUUUGUAUAGCAUUCGUCGUUGCGCAUCAUCUCGCUUUAUAACCCUCCUCGUUCUUCGGAGGCAUCGUCAAUUACCCUUCCAGUGUGUCAAACCAUCCUCAGCCGAGCAACCCUUCCCACCAUCUCGUUUCCAUGUAACUUUUUAUUCAAGUAUGCCUUUCCUUAUUCCCAUUUUGUUGUAAACUAUCAUUUUGCAGCUAUUAGUACGCGAAUUCACGCACAUCGACUGGUGCGUGAGUUUGGCUGGUCCAAUUCCAUUCUCCACCAUGUAUUACAUAUCCGUCUCUUAAAUUAUCGAUGAUAGCACGAAAUACCUCAGUUAC